UACCCUGGUUUCCUCUGUCUUGUUCAAUUGUAUGUGGUUUUUUCUUUCACUUCCGUUAAGCCGUGGUACUUGUAGUGUAGCUGAAAGUUGGAUCAGUGAAGUAGAUUUAUUAAAAAUGGGUAAGCCCCGUGGAUUGCGAACUGCACGUAAACAUGUUAAUCACAGACGUGAACAACGGUGGGCUGAUAAGGAUUACAAGAAAGCACAUUUGGGAACCCGAUGGAAGGCAAAUCCUUUUGGGGGUGCUUCCCAUGCUAAGGGAAUUGUUCUGGAAAAAGUGGGUGUGGAAGCAAAGCAGCCGAACUCAGCUAUUCGUAAAUGUGUGAGAGUACAAUUGAUAAAGAAUGGAAAGAAGAUCACAGCCUUUGUACCUAGGGAUGGCUGUCUAAACUAUAUUGAAGAAAACGAUGAAGUUCUAGUUGCUGGUUUUGGACGUAAAGGUCAUGCCGUUGGUGACAUUCCAGGUGUACGAUUUAAGGUUGUAAAAGUUGCCAACGUUUCACUACUUGCCUUGUACAAGGAGAAGAAGGAAAGACCAAGGUCUUAGUUAUGUUUUUUUCAAUAAAUAAGUUUUAAAAACAGAAA